AUGAUGUUCGCCUCGCCACUCAUCAUAGCCUACCUACAUGUUAUUUAGAUUUCUAAGAAGUUUAAUCUUUUUUAGUUUUCUAAUUAGUAUUUAAGGCAUUAUUAAGGUUAAAGCAGAGAUUUAAGUAUAAUUAUUUUAAUAAUUGAAACGUAAAGAAGCAGAUACCGAUAAAAUAUAGACUGUAAGUAAGUUAGUUUUAUCGUAAAACAGAAUAAUUCGGGGCAAAAGUGCGUUUCGAUCGUGAAGCACCAUUUUUUCGUAGAGAAAAUUUUCGCUUGGAGUGAUUUGGUGAGCAAAUAGGAAGAAGAAGAAGAAGAAUAAUCAAGUUGUACGGGAAUCCGCGCGUGCCGACAGUGAAGCUAAGUAAAGCGAAAAAGAAGAAGAAGAAGCUCGGCUCGAAGGUGCGUUACACGUUCAUUUGGCCAAAAUUAGUACAUACGGAAUGCAUCCGUCGAAGAAAAUGAACGCGGCGGAACUUGAUGAUCAUGAGAAGGGCAAGCUGUUUGUUGGCGGUCUGUCCUGGGAGACGACUCAGGAGAAUUUGCAGCGUUACUUCGGCCGCUACGGUGAGGUCAUUGACUGCGUGGUUAUGAAAAACAACGAGACGGGCCGCUCCCGCGGGUUCGGCUUUGUGACAUUUGCCGAUCCGGAUAACGUCGAGCGAGCACUGGAUAACGGACCGCACACGCUGGAUGGCCGCACCAUAGAUCCGAAACCGUGCAAUCCGAGGUCUCUGCAUAAACCGAAACGUACCGGUGGCUACCCGAAAGUCUUUCUGGGUGGCCUGCCCCCAAACAUAACCGAAACGGAUCUGCGAAGUUUUUUCUGCCGAUAUGGUAACGUGAUGGAGGUGGUAAUUAUGUACGACCAGGAGAAAAAGAAAAGCCGCGGAUUUGGUUUUCUGUCAUUCGAAAACGAGGCGGCCGUCGAACGUGCGACAGCGGAGCAUUUCGUGAAUAUCAGUGGCAAACAGGUGGAAAUUAAGAAGGCCGAACCGCGCGAUGGCAGUGGUAACAAUAACAGUAUGAAUGCCGAUUCCUACCAGUGGGGAUCACCGCAAGCUCCACCGAUGGGCAAUGGCCAGAUGGGAGGCCCACCGAUCAAUAUGCAGUCCAACAUGAUGCAAGGUUAUCAAGGUUGGGGUGCCUCUCAGCCGCAGCAAGGUUACGGUGGUUACGGAGCAUCGGCUGGAGCCGCCAAUGCAUAUCAAGGUUGGGGUGCCCCACCACCACAGCAGUGGGGCAACUACAAUGCAACGCCGCAGCAAACGCAAGGUUACGGUGGGUAUGACAUGUACAACAGUUCCGGUGCCGGUAGUGCCGGCGGCUACGGUUCGGGCAACUGGAACUCAUGGAACAUGCCACCGAACACGGGAUCUACCGGAUCGGCCGAUAUGUACUCACGGCCACAGUCCGGUCCGACGGCUGGUCCUGCUGGUUCGGCUGGCCCAACGGCGGGUGGACCUUCGAAACCGGGUUCCGAGUAUGGUGGUGGUUCGGCGUACGGUUCCGGGGCUGCCGGUGGUUACGGUGGCUACUAUCAGAACGAACAGAAUACCGCGGCCGCCUACAACAACCGGCCGAGGUCGGCCUACGGUGGCGGCAACGAUGCCACGUCGCAGCCACCUUAUCCAGCAUUUUGAGAGAUGACGACGACGACGAGCAGGAUGCAACCGCCGCAGUCCCAGCCGAUGCAUUUUGCCCAGCACCAACACCAGCAACUGCCCGUCACGGUGUCCACAAUGACGGCAGCGGCAACGGCGGCUGCAACCUCCUUCGAUCGAAGCAUGAUUGGAACGAAAUCAUAAAAUGAAAAGAAUUAUUUCUUAUAUUUUUAAACUUGAAGCAAACACUAAUUAUACAUAUAUUAUAUUGAAAGAUGAAGUUGAAGAGGGAAGUACGGAGAAAGGAGAGAACAAUUAUACAUAUAUUAUCAAACAGAAGGAAUAAAACGCAGACAGAGAGAAGUUUAAAUUAAAAUGCAAAACACACAAUUGGAAAGAAGGCAAAGAAAAAACAUACAAGCGUAAGCAGAAAUACACAUCUAAUAUAACUUUAUUGACUAGGCUUAGGAGCGAAGCAGAUGAAAGAUGAAAGCGGAGAAAUCAGAAGAAAUUGUUCAAACUAUUGAUUAUUAAAAUGAUGAAUAAAAACCAGAAGUAAAACCUUUGGAAAUAAGAGUAAAAUCCCGUUUCAAACGUUUACGAAGCCACAUCAGUAAAUAAUAAAGCAAAAAAGAAGAAGCAUAAACACACUCCGGUAGCAGUUAAACAAUAACAAACAAAAAAACGAACUUUUCUCAUUCACUUUCACACAGACACACCCACACAAACAACUUAAGAGGUAAUUCAAAAACACAGUCGUAUUUUUAGAUGACGUUUUCGGAGUGGAACGUUUCAAGUGAAAUUCGUUCGUUCUGUCGAAAGGUGGGGCAAAUUUCGCAAACAACAAACAAAACUCUUCUUAGUUCAGUCUUAAGUGUUAGUCCCUCGUUAUUAGAAGAAAAAACAACCAGAUUUAAACAAAAUCAAAAUAAGAAAAAACACGAAAAUGAUGGCAAAAAAAUUGUAAAAAAAAUGUGUCACCACUGAGUGAAACAAGUAAAACUCAAGCAAAAUUUAUUUCUUUUUCUGCACCCAACAACAACACAAACGCAAAGAAGCAUUGGUUUUUCUUUCAAAACGGAAGCCUCGUUGCUCCUCCACCCCGUCGUUAAAGGAAGUCCCUUUCCUGUGUUCCCCCUGCCCCGUCCACCAAAAAAUAUACCGAAUACAAACUACUGCAUGGUGUAAGAUGAGAAAACAAAACAAGAAACAAACAAAAAAAAACAGCAAAAUCCCCUCAAACACAAAACUUUUUUUUGUCUAUAACGAAACGAUAAGGAUAUACAUUACUAUACUUAAUCAGGUACCCAUAAUAAUAAACGAAAAAAAAAACUAUAAAAAAAAGAUGAGAGGUUAAAUAGAUGAAAACACUAUCCAAACCGAACGAGAGAGCGAAAGAGAUAAGAGAGAAUAGAAGCGGUGCGCGUCUGAUUCUGUUUUUUUUUGUUUUCUAAGUAGGACUUUAAAGAGCAAGUGAUUGAUUUAUCGUUUUGUUUUGUUUUCGUUCAUGUGAUUUUCAGUUCAUUUUUUUUAACUUUUUGAUUAAGCUUACUCCCUAAGGAAAAAACACAAUAAAAUGAAGAGACUUAGAGCCUGAAGCCUGUUUUUUAAAUGAUUACUUUUUAAGUUUGUCGUCGUUCGUUGUAAGGAUCUAAUCUUUAUCGGGAUAGAAGCAAAAGUAAGAGAAACAACCUCUUCCCCCCCUUCCCCGAAAGCAGGCGCGUUUUUUAAAGUUUAAAACUCUUAGAGGUACAUUUUUUUUUAAAAAAAGGUGAAGUUGAUCACGAACCCAUCCCCCCCCCCCCCUCUUCUAUAAGUGAACACAGAUUAAGGAAGCAACUAAAUAGAGAAUAUUACUCUUGUAAUCUUAGAGAUGAGCAAGCUAAAAGAUGAAUAAAUAAAGUAACGUUUUUGUUUUCGAAACGGUAUUGAUAAACGUAUGGAAAACCUCCUUUUGAUCAAUCGUAUUAAGCUUAACUUUAGGAGAAGAGACAUACAAUGGAAACUGAGGUAAUGAUUUGUUUUUUUAAACACUAACGAUAAACUAGAUGAGAGAUUUAAGCGAAACCUGAUGAGCCAGAAGAGAAAGAAAGCAGUCUAGAGAAUAAUUAUUAUGGGUAAGUUUGAUACAACAUAAGCGAAAACCAACAAAUUAGAGAAGCGAAAGGUCACCGGGAAGCACCGUCUUCUCGUUUUUCUUUCAUUUCGUAAGGACAAAGAUAAACUACAAGUUUAAAGGUAACCUCUUAGCAAUGAUAAAGAAGAAGAAGAAGAAAGCAGAAUAAGAAGAAUAAAACGUUUCACCUGAUUAGUAAUUCAAGCAUUAGACACCCGAAAACAGCAGGCAUCCGACUUGAGAUUUUUUUCUGUAUUCCUACGAAACAUUUACAUAUGGUUAAAAGAUGGUAAAGCUAGAAAAAGAAAUAAGUUACUUCUAAUGAUUCUGAACCUGAGAGAUCCACAUUCAAAGCAAGAAUCAAACAACCAACAACAACAAAACAAACAAACAAACAAACAAAAAUCACUACUAAGCUCAUUCAACUACUGAAUUCAUUGAUAAAUUAAGGAGAAGAACGAUUGAACAAUGAAGUGCGCCUGCCGUGAGCCUACACAGGCAGUGCCGCUCGUUCCUUUUGUGUGUUUAGAUAUUCUUCGUCGGGACUUGUACAAAAACAAAAAAAAAGUAAACAAACAAACAAACUACAAGCGUUUUAUAACAAACAAACUAUUUAGCACUUUGAUGCGUACUCUAAGGGAUAAGUGUCUUCGGUUUUCUUUCCUGUUUUGUCACCAGACAUCUAUUUCUCGGUGUCCGUCAUUCUUUUUAAUUUGUCGUGUUAGUUUGUUCUACAUUCUACGCCUAAGCCGCCUAAGUGGAGUAACGAACCGUGGCCACCGAACAGAUCAGCGAACAUACAUUUUCACUGUGUUCCGCAGAUUCCGUUCAGCAGGAUUGAGUCCCUGCUGAGUGAGUGUGGAGAAGACCGCUUUCGGUCCGAUGGUGUCAAGUUUUUCCGUAUAUAUUUUGGGUUUGAGUAUGGUUUCCUUUGUAAUCAUUAUUUUUCGUUUUACUUUUUUUUUUUCAUUUUCGUCGUCUUAAAUAAUACAACUGAAUAAAAAUAAAAUAAAUUGAAGAAAAAAAAAACAUUAUAUUUUGUCUAGUAUAGCAGAAGCAGUGGUGAAGAUAAUCUAAUUAUUUUUUUUUUCGUAAACAUAAUUAUGCUGAUUCUUUUAUUCCUGUUCAAUUCGAAGUAAAAGAAGGUCAAAUAAAAUGAGAAAAAUAGUUUUGUUUUGUUUUUAUUUGUUUGAGAAAUUUAGUUUUCUAUGCUUGCUUUGUUUUAUAGUUAUUAAAUUUACAUUUUUUAGAUUAUGUUUAUGAAUUACAAAAUUUAGGGCAGUGCGGUGGCGUUCGAUAACUGCAUCUCAAUUAUUAGAUGAGGAAAAUACUGGAUCAAGUGUACGAUCGUGUGGACAUCAGCCCGCUCGAUUUUAGCUGCCCGUACGAAGGGUGGUUCUCCUAGCAGCUGUUGCAAUUUGCCGCACUUUUCUUUCGAAAACACUAAGAGCGCAUUGGUCAUCCGCCAACUUAGAGCUGGUCUUGUGACCAUAGGGAACAACCGGUUUAACGAGCGUUUUGUAGAUGGUCAAUAUUGUGCGGUGGCGUACUUUACUCGGUCGAGCGCUGAGUGCACGUCAAAUAUUAGAGCCCACUGAGAGACGAUUUUUGAGUUGUGAUUUAAUGUGUUUGUGCAUCAACACAUUGAAUCAGAUUCUUAUGACAUUGUCUCGCUUGUAUUUCCCAUCCACCAGAGUUGCCAUGGGGGCGGCCAACGUUUGAAUCGAUGCCAUUUCAAUCCAAUUCUCAAAACAUGUUCUCAUAUGCUGCAAAACGCAUUCGGUUCAGUAGCCAGUUAUGUUUAGCUCGAGACAUGAAAUUCAAUCGCUUGCGGUAUAAAUCACGAUGCGGUUCGACUUUGUUUUCGUACAUUAAUGCUCGUGCUCGUUUUGAGUAUCAGCAAAAACCAAACCGAAAAUCUGGGUUGUGUUGGCAGCUCUGUGGUUUAAGCGAUCAGCGAUGAGUUUCAUCUUUACCAUCAUUUUACGGAUUGCAUCGUAAAUCAUGAGGUGAGCUGAUGAAUAGAAAAAAAAAAUCGAAUCUUAUGAGCGAAUUUUUGUCACCCUUGGCUAGAAGUGUGCGAAACAGCUCAUACCGGUGAGCAGCUUCGAUCAGCUCACUAAAGUGAAUCGAUUCAAUGUAUCAGCUCAUUUAGAUUGAACUGAAGGUUAGUUUUGAGCGUCGUUUUCCUUGCGUCAUUUUUCUUUCAUAUGCAUGAUCGAAAUCAUUGAUGCACAAAGAACAAAAUGCUAUGCGAACUCACUUGUCUGCGAAUCAUUAUUAUGUCACUUUGUAGAAUAUCUGCAAAAGUGGUCCUUAGCCUACUGAGUGAGAGGUAAUAUUUCUAAUUGACAAUGGCUCAUUCAAUCUGUUAAAGAACGAAAGCUCAUGUACACAUUUCAUCUUAUUUAGAACUAGCGAUGUCGGAAAUUUCGAGUUACUCGAUUAUUCAAUAAUCGAGUAUAAUUUUGAAACUAAUCGAUUGAAAUUUAUUCGAUUAUCUGAGUUGUUAUUCGAUUACUCGAUUAUUACCAUGGGAUUUUUUUAAUUAUUCGAUUAGCUCAAUAAUCGAAUAUUAGUUUUAAGCUACUCGAUUAUCUGAGUUAUUAAUCGAAUACUCGAUUGAUCGAUCGAUAUUACGACAUCUCUAUUUAGAACUCGCUUCUCAAGAGCCGAAGAUCAGUUCAGCUCGUAGCUUGUUUCCACCUUAUCGGUGCGAUGAGCUGGUGAGUUGCGGUUCUUUUAAAAAGAGCUGUGAACUGUCAGCUCAUUUUAAAGAUUCGAUUCACUGGAACAGCUCAAGAGCGAAUUGCCCAUCUCUACCACCUGCACGAGUCUCGCCCGACAGUGUCGGGCCUGGAGCUUGUCGGGCUGCCGGGCCUAGCGAAAUUCUGAAGAACCGCACGCAUAUCAUUCGUUUGACAAGUGACAAACCAGAAAUAGUUAUGUAAUUCAAGCACAACUCGAAUUUCCAUGUUGCAUUAAGACGUUACUUUGACACCCGCGCACGUGCCAGUUGUUUUUGCUUGCCGGGCGAGAAGAGUUAACAUGGUGGUAACCCUAUCCUCUCAUGUAUGUUGUUUUCGACGCCGCUAUAGCCUGUUCGAUACGCCUAGCUUUGUCAUUCAGUCCGAUGUAUGUUUCUAUCAUCUUCUCGAAGUUACGUGUCACAAUAUCAACGUCUUCAGUGAAGUUGAAAAGCUGUACAAGCUUUCGGAAGACUACCACUUGUACCACUUGUGUCAAUUCUCGUAUAAAUUUUUUUUUGCAUAAAUAUCUGUUUAUUAAUCCUAUUUUUUGUGUAUUACAUCAACAUUUUACAGUACAAGUGUUUUGACCCUUUGGCCUUUCAUUUUUGUUGUUCAUACGAUUCGUUAUUAAUAAUAGGUGUCUUAGUUACUCUUGUUUUACAUACUAAUGUUUAAUCAUAAUAUUUAUUUUAUUUAUUAUUAAAAUAUCUACCUACUUAUAACUAUCCCUAACCUAAUACGUACAAAUUUUGAAUUAUUUGUAUUUCAGAGAUUGAGCACCUCUCUUCAAAUUUCGUGCAGUAUUGUUCGAAUUCUUGUUCUAGUAUAUCCAGGGAGGCCAUCUCAUGUACUUCACUGGUCCUUGUCCAAGGGGGCAGAUUUAGAAUCAUCUUUAAGAUCUUACUUUGAAUGCGCUGAAGCCUAAGUUUGUGUGUUCGUGUACAGCCCCGCCAAACAGGGACUGCGUAUUCAAUGUCAAUUCUCGCACCUUUCAAAACAAUAUGAAACAGGAGACAAGACAAGACAAGAGACAAUCACAUUACCGUAUCCCUUUCCGAGAUUCGAAGGGACUCGAGAGCGUCCCAAAUCCUCGGACGUACCACAUCACUUUAUCCAUCGUUGCUUUGACCAAUCGCGUCAGGUUGUCCGGAAAACCGUAUUCGUGCAUAAUCUGCCAUACUUGUUUACGAUCGAUUGUGUUAUAUGCCACAUUGAAGUUUGGUUUGAACGGUCCAAAUCGGAUUCUGUGUUACCUCCGUAUUCGUCGUUUCAGAUUUCUCCCACUCUGGUCAUCAAUGUUGAACACGUCAAUAAAGUGCGUUGUCUAUCUCGAAAUGAAACAAUGGACUUGACAUACUGCGCGAGUUUUGCAGGAAUGGCCGGUCCAUAGAUGUUAUGCAAAAAACCUGGAUAAGCGUUUCCAAUUUUUAUCGUUUGUCGUUGGUGUUUUCUGCAUAAAUAUCUGUUUAUUAACCUUGUUUUUGUGUAUUACAUAAACGUUUUACAGUACAAGUGUUUUGACCCUUUGGCCAUUCAUCACUGUUGUUCGCGGAAUUAGAGACCUAAUGAGUAUGCUGCAUUUUUGAACGAUUUUGUCAACAUGUGACCUGAAUAUCAGAUGUCUGUCAAAGGUGAGUCCUAGAUAGAUAACUUCGUCGGACCAUCGGAUGACCUCAUCACCGAAUCGUAUUCGACAUUCGUCUGAUGGAACAAGUUUUGGAGAUCUUGAAUGUGGAAACAAGAUGACCUGAGUUUUUGCUUGUAAAAUAUUCAGUUAGAGCGUCCAGGCCUGCGUCUGUAGUUUAUUCUUCAGAGCAUUAAUGACACGACUUUUGUAAAGAAUGGCAGUAUCAUCAGCAAAUUGUGACAGAACGGAAGAGGUGGGAUGUCUGAUGUAAAAAUGUUGUAUAGGAUGGGACUUAGGAUACUUCCUUGGGGUACACCAGCAGGAAUUCGAAAGCAAGAAUUCUCCUUUGCAUUGACUUUUCAAACAGCUUGGAUAGGGCAGAGAGUAAGCUGAUGGGCCGAUAGCUCUUGGAAAAGGAAGGAUCUUUCCCCGGUUUCAAAACUGGGAUGAUUUCAGCCAACCCCAGGCCGGGGGCCUUCAUAUAUUUGGAUUUUUUCACAAUAGCCAUCAGCUCAUUCGCAGUGACUCUACUUUCCUCCGGAACCAAGCUGUCUGAUUGGUCAAUCUCAGCUACGCUAUCAGCACCGGUUCUUUCAUGUGGACUAACAAUGUUGAGUCCUGAAUUGCGAGAGCACACAAACUGCUGACCUAGCGCAUUUGCCUUCUCUACUGGUGUGACUAAAGGUAUUCCUUCAGCUGCGUCCUGGGGUGACAUCAGAGGAGGAAUAGGCUUCGGUUUAAGCACCUUCGUUAAGGACCAGAAGGGCUUUGAAUGUGGGAGAAUUUCUCGAAGCUUUUGCUGGAAGUUCCUGUUGCGAAGCUCAGAUAUCCUUUCCUGGAUUAUCCUAGUUAAGUUGUUAUAAGAAGUCUUCCUAUCUAGGAUGCCAGUUCGUUGAUACUACCUCCGGUAGAUAUUUCGAAGUCGGAUGAGUUUCUUGGUGACACUGUCAAUUUGAAGAGAGGAACUCGGCAUAUGUUGUACUGGAACCGUCUGUUUCUGGUGAAGAAACAUAUUCCCAACGUCAAUAUUACUGGAAAGUAAUCGGAAGAGAGCUCGUUGAAGACAACCAAUCUUCGUCGUGCAAAGUUGCUCGUUGAUAGUGACAUUUAGCAGCUCUGGCACCAGCAUCGUUUUAAUCGUUCUUGAAAUUCUGAAUAACCAAAGAAAUUACCCCUUCCUUCCACUCCUCCGGUAGCUGUUCGGUUUCCCAGAUCCUGACUAUUAAUCGGUGCAAACAUGUGUCCAACUUUUCUAGACCUAUCUUGAUGAGUUCAGCUACGAUGCCAUCUUUACCUUUGUUGGUUUUGAGCAGGUGCAUGGCAUCCUUAACUUCCCUCAGUGUGGGAGCUGGAUCAUUUCCGUCUUCUGCUGCACUGACGUAGUCGUUUCUCCCGUCAUCUUGAACCCCCAUGCCUACGUUCUCCGCGCCGUUCAGGUGCUCAUCGAAGUGCUGCUUUCACCUUUUAAUCACCUCCAUCCGUUAAGAGGCUCCCGUCCUUAUCCCUGGACAUUUCGGCUCGCGGCACAGGGCCGUUGCGGGAUUUGUUGAGCUUCUUGUAGAAUUUCCGUGUUUCUUGAGAGCGGUACAGGAGUUCCAUUUCCUCGCACUCCGCUUCUUCCAGGUGGCGUUUUUUCUCCCGAAAGAUGCGGGUCUGCUCCUUCCGCUUCUGUUUGUAUCGUUCCACGUUCUGCCGGGUUACAUGCUGCAGCAUCUUCUCCUCCAAAAUCACUCUGCACUCUUCGUCGAACCUUUCGUUCCGUCGACUCCGUUCCACGUACCCGACGGUGCACUCGGCUGCGUUGCUUAUGGCUGCUUUUACUGUACUCCAGCAGUUUUCUAGGGGAGCCACAUCGAGCUCGCCCUCGUCUGGCAACGCUGCCUCGAGAGUUUUGGGCGCAGUUUCACCAUUACCAGAUAGUGGUCAGAGUCGACGUUAGCGCCACGAUAGGUCCUGACGUCGAUAAUGUCAGAGAAGUGCCUUCCAUCAAUCAGAACGUGGUCGAUUUGCGAUUCCGUCUGCUGUGGUGAUCUCCAGGUGUAACGAUAAGGGAGGCUAUGUUGGAAGAAGGUGCUACGAAUGGCCAUGUUCUUGGAGGCGGCAAAAAAAAAUCGAUGAGUCGUAAGCCGUUUUCGUUUGUCAGCUGGUGGGCGCUGAACUUUCCAAUCGUCGGUCUGAACUCCUCCUCCUGGCCAACCGUUUAGAUCUCCUAUGAUGAUCUUGACAGUCGUACUCACGUUCGAGCUGCGCGUAAAAUGCGUCCUUGUCAUCAUCAGUGCUUCCGGAGUGAGGGCUGUGCACGUUGAUUAUGCUAAAGUUGAAGAAACGGCCCUUGAUUCUCAACCUGCACAUUCUUUCGUCGAUCGGCCACCAACCGAUCACGCGCCUCUGCAUAUCACCCAUCACGAUGAAAGCUGUUCCCAGCUCGCGUGUAUUGCCGCGGCUCUGGUAGAUGGUAUGGUCACCAUAGAUCCUGUCCAACACACCUCCUGCAGUGCUACGAUGCCGAACCCGCGGUCCUUCAGUAGAUCGGCGAGUAUGCGGGUGCUCCCGAUGAAGUUGAGAGAUCAGCAGUUCCACGUACCGAGCUUCCAAUCGCAAGUCCUUUUUCGUCGCAGGGGUCGUUGCCAUUGGUCUCGAUUCGUAUUACUCUCUUGCUGAUUUUCCGUUGCAAUAGUUUUUUACGGCUGGAUCGCAGGGCCGGACACCAACCCCCUAAAUUUCCGGAGGGCCAUAGUGCACAGUUGAGCUUAGAGUCCUUCACUGGCACUCGGACGUCGAUCAGCCGCCCCUAACAUGGGGAACAGACGCUCAGGCUUGCAGAAGCAAACCCCCCUUUCCCUGUCAGCCUACGACCAAAUUUCCCACCGGGGUUGGUUACCCGAUCUUCCCUAAGGUUGCUCGCAGCACAGCCGGUUUCGCGGGGAGGUAGGGAUAGGAGUUAUUGGGAAGAGGCUGAUGACCUCAAUGGGGUCUGUGUUGCGCGUUACCCAGCCUUUACUAACCAAUCGUUUGUUACAUCUGAGUCAAAAAUUCCGGCUGUUUUUACUGGAUAUGAGUCCCUUUACCUAAAAUAAAUCUGUUGAAUAGACUCUUGACAUUGUAUGGAAUGCUAUCAAAAUAACAUCAUUUUUUCGAUCCGUGCAAGUUUAUUGCCAGAUAGUUAAUAAAUAAUGAGAUUUUCGACGCCUGCUAAGUUUCUUUUCUGUUUGUGUAGAAGUUAAUUCUGAUAGAUAUUUUUUCGCAGUUUUUCGACAACCCUCUAUAAAUACCGAAACAAUUCUUCCAGGGCAUCAAAUUGGACGGGUUUUCAAGCAAGCUUGAUACUAGGAUCGAAACUCUGAAUCGAGCAACAAUCAAAUUCUAUUGGAAUAACGUUUCACCUCCGUAGUCGUAAUAUUUUCCUAGACCUUUAACAACAACACCUCCUUCUUCAGGCACGAAUCGAACAUGAAAGUGCUAAAAUUCUUUAAAAAAGUAAACGAGUAAGAGAAAAUCUACAUUUAAAUUUAAUGAAGUAAGCAGAUCGAAUCGUCAUAGCAAGUUUUGUUACGUUUCGCAUAUAUGAUAAUACUUGCAGCCGAAAAAAUAAAACCAACAGAAGCGAGGACGAACAAACUAUAUUCUUAUCGAAACAUAAAUAGAGCUGAGACAUUAAAAAACACUUUAGUAUGAAAAUAGGGAAAAUGAAAAGACUGGUUACUAUCAAACAAUUGCAUUAAGAAGUUGUACGAAAUAAAAUCACUAAGAGUAAAAUAACAGGAUAAGGUAAAAUAACUAGCGAGUACGGUUUGUGUUGAGGCUUUUUCUACAUCUUUCGGAAUAAGUGAUAUUCGUAAGUCAUUUUUGGGGUGACCCCUUUUGACAGUCAAGAGGAAGACUCCCGCACUGCUGCGGUCAAGGCCUGCUGUUUUUUGUUGAGUAAUAAAUCGACAGCCAGACAGCCCCUCGUUGUAUAAGGAGAAUCGCACGUAAGAGAAAAUCAUUUUAUACUUACCCAUCCUUACUAGACUCUAUUGUUGAGAAAUGAUUAAGGUAAUAAAUUUGCGAAGAAUUUAAUAAGCUACGUUCAACACUUGCAAAGUUUAUUUUCGAACUCUCUAUUAGUCAAGAUGGAUACUUUUACUUAGAUUUACAGACGGAACCCCCCCUGACAAAUGAAGAUGUGAUGUAAGUCUAGAGCAAGAGUAUUUAAACAAAAGAAGAAAAAAAACACAUAACAAUCUAAAUUAAGCUUAGUAUGGUAAACAUUUUGUCCGUAAGUCAGAACCGAGUGAGUCGAGAACAGCGACAAAAAAAAGUGGAUAGAAUAGUGAUUUAUCUAAUCUUGAAAAUAAGUACUUCUCAAUACAUUAGUCUAUACAUGGAAAACAAAAAAACCAAAAUUCUACACCCACCAACAACCUGCUAAGAGUUUUGAUCACUGGAAGAAUUGUCACCGUUGUUGCAUUACUGUGCCAUUCAAAGUGCGUCCCGACGAAGUGAAAUCAUUUCUUUAAAGUUAAGUCCGAAUCUACUAGGUUUCAUUUUUUUUACGUAUCUGCGUAUGUUCUUAACUAUGAACUAGUCUUGGAUAGCCCUAUGAUUGCAUCAGCAAAACUGUAAAUUGUUACAUUAGACUGUGUAAGCGUUAUAUUAAAAAAAAACCGGAAAUGAAAGAGAACAUAACAAAAGAAUUAAAACUAAAUUAACCGAAUGGUGAAAAAAUUGAACAAGGAAAAUUAUCUUUUAAUUUGACAUUGCCUUAUUAACUAUAAAUAAUAAUAAAAAGAAAACGAUCUACACAGACAUAGAGAUGAUGAGAAAUAAAAACAGUAUAAGAAAAAAAAUACAAUACAAAUUACACUUACAUUUAGAGAAAAAGAUACAACACAGGAAGAGGUAAGAAUAACGGUAGGAAGUCUAUUAUUUGUAGAGCUACUGAUCGUUUUGUUUUUGGGAAUCACGAGAAAGGCCAUCGUUGAAUACUCUAUAAUAUUCGAACAAACAAAUAAUAAUCAUUGAGCAUAUUUUGAUUAAGUAUAUCAAUGUAUUCUCUGUCUUGAAUAAGAAUCAUAUGACAAAACUAAUAAUAAAUAUAUACUAAUUAUAUGAAAUAAAUGGAAAAUAACUAUUUUUAACCUAACUAAGCAAGAUAUGAAUUAAAACUUGAUGUAAUAAAGUGAAUCGUAUAUACAUAUAAAAUAUUUAACGACACGCAAAUUAAGAAAAAAAACAAUGAAGUUGACAACAGUGAGCGUUUUUAUCCAUAAUCGAGCAUUUGUUUGGUUGACAUAACGGAUGAAACUAAAAUAGUCUAUACAAAAAAAAACAAGAAAAAAAAUAUAUACAUUAAACCAGAUUACUUUCACUCUUGAAAUUAAUUCACUCCAUCUCGGUGGGUGGUAGCAGAAAAUCGAGAUAACAAAAGCUAAACGAUCUCACAUUGAUGAGCAAAACUAGCAUUAUUGGCGAGUAGAUCCGCAAAAACUGACAUGGUAUAACAUGGAUUCGUAGAGAGCGUUUAAUUUUUCCAAAGUUCGAUCAGUACUUUUCAUUCAUUCAACAAUAUUAUAACAGAAAUAGCACUUUUGGUUUGUGCAGGUAUGUCAAUAAAAAAAAACCAAGUACGUGGUUGUUUGUAUGAAACUUCAUUACACAAAA